CGCCGCCGCCGCCGCCGCCGCCGCCGCCGCCGCCGCCGCCACCGCAGCCACCGCUAGCAGCUUCUCCGCUCCACCUCGGUCCUGGUGCGGCCCGGCCGGCCCGCGGGGUGCAGAGCCGAGGUCUGCGGCCGACCGCAUGAAGGACUGCGAAUACCAGCAGAUCAGCCCCGGGGCCGCCCCGCCGCCCGCCUCCCCCGAGGCGCGCCGCCCCGGCCCCGCCGCGCCCCCCGGCCCGGGCCCCGGGCCCCCGCCGCCCGCCGCCGCGCCGCGCUGGAGCAGCAGCGGCAGCGGCAGCGAGAGCAUCGGCCGCCGCCCGCGGCGCAAGUGGGAGGUGUUCCCGGGCCGCAACCGCUUCUACUGCGGCGGCCGCCUUAUGCUAUCCGGCCACGGCGGCGUCUUCGCCCUCACGCUGCUGCUCAUCCUCACCACCACCGUCCUCUUCUUCGUCUUCGACUGUCCCUUCUUGGCCCGCCAGCUGACCCUCGCCAUCCCCAUCAUUGCUGCCAUCCUGUUUUUCUUCGUCAUGAGCUGCCUGCUACAGACAAGUUUCACCGACCCCGGAAUCCUGCCCCGGGCCACCGUCUGUGAGGCAGCGGCCCUGGAGAAACAGAUCGACAACACAGGCAGUUCCACGUACCGGCCACCCCCUCGGACCCGGGAGGUGAUGAUCAAUGGGCAGGUGGUGAAGCUGAAGUACUGCUUCACCUGCAAGAUGUUUCGGCCGCCCCGGACCUCACACUGCAGUGUCUGCGACAACUGUGUGGAACGGUUUGACCAUCACUGCCCCUGGGUGGGCAACUGUGUGGGGAAACGGAACUACCGCUUCUUCUAUGCGUUCAUUCUUUCCCUCUCAUUCCUGACGGCCUUCAUCUUCGCCUGCGUGGUCACCCACCUGACGCUGCGCUCUCAGGGAAGCAACUUCCUCUCCACUCUGAAGGAGACACCAGCGAGCGUGCUGGAGUUGGUGAUCUGCUUCUUCUCCAUCUGGUCCAUCCUGGGCCUCUCAGGGUUUCACACUUACCUCGUCGCCUCCAACCUGACAACUAAUGAAGACAUCAAAGGCUCGUGGUCCAACAAGAGGAGCGGUGAGGCCUCUGUCAAUCCCUACAGCCAUAAAAGUGUUAUCACUAACUGCUGUGCUGUGCUCUGCGGCCCCCUACCUCCCAGCCUGAUUGACCGGAGGGGAUUUGUGCAGUCUGACACCGUGUUGCCCUCGCCCAUCAGAAGUGACGAGCCAGCCUGCAGAGCCAAGCCUGAUGCCAGCAUGGUAGGAGGCCACCCCUGAGCCGGGCUCAGUACUUGCCACCUGCUGGCCUGUAUGCCCCUCCGCACUCACCUGCCGCCCUCCACACCUGCCAGGACCCUCCCCAUUUCACCCGAAGGGAAGCAGAGCCGCCAAAGACUUUUUAAGUCUUUUCAUAUUUAUUUCCCACCCUGCGUGGCUUUCCCCACACUGUGCCAUGGCUGUACCCUCUGCUCCCUAAACCAGGUUCCCAUGGUCUUGGGUGCCAAAUUCCCCCAGCUGAUCAGUGGCAGGAGUGACAGGAGAGAGAGGCCAGGGCGCCUGAGGCCGCCCAGGGGACCACGCCAAGCCUCUGCCGUGCCUCUGAGCCGUGCCCCGUGCGAGUGAGGGUGCGGACUGAGUGUGAUGCCUCCGAGGUGGGAGAGCUGCUGGGCCCUGCUGGGCCGGGGUCCAAGGGGUGAAGCAGGACGGAGGAGCAAUCGGCUCUGGACAGCAGGCUGUCGGAGAGGAUGCUUCUGUGGUCUGCUUUGGUCUGUGGUCUCCUUCAUUCUUUUUGUGAUAGCCAUUGUUCUUUCUUCCAUUUUUGUUUUUGUAUGGAGUUGGCCAGUAGACUAGAGCUGGGGCUCCAGGUAGAGAGGGCAGAGCUGGGGAUGGCAGGGGUAGCCUGUGUCAGAGGAAGCCAAACCGGAGCCAGGCACCCGAGACCUCAGCUCCUGCAUGAUUCCUGGGCAGCACACUAGGAAGCGGGGGCCUGGCCCUCUCUCUGCCCACGGACGGUUCUCCAGGGGCCCAGCCUGGCCCCUCACCUUCCUCCCAAGUCAGGUCUGGGGAUGGGCAGCUUAUACUCGUGCUGGCAAUACUUGAAAUGGGUUUAUUAUUAAUGCUGGGUAUUUUGCACAAUUUUAUAGACCUCUUUUCUACAUAGCCUUUUUUAAAUGGAAGAAGAAAAAUGAAGUCAGCCACAUUGCUAUCUGUGUAGUGCCAGGUUAAGGGUUAUCAGAAGGCAACUUGGUUUUAAUAAGUUUAUUACAAGAGACCUUCUGGCCGUGAGUGAGUGAGUGUGUGUGUGUAUGUGUGUGUGCGCUCGCGUGCCCGUGUAUGAAUGUGGUUGGCUCCCACUUCCCCACACCCCCUGGGCUGCCUCACUCGCCACUGUCCCCCUUGGGUGUCAGCUGGUGGUGGCAACAGCGGGAGCAGCCUGAACCAUGGGCACAGGGAGUGUGUGCAUUGGUCACAGGAGACCCCUGGGCUCCUGCGGCAGUUCAGCCUCAUCUUCCUAUCUUCCCCUCCUCCAAGGACUUCAGACAAACAGUGGCUGGGACUCAGCGCCCAGCCCCCAGGUCAGGCUUCCAGCUGGGACCUGCCCAGACAGGCUGGGGCCUGGUCAGGUGGAUGGGGUAAUGGCUGUGGGGAGUGGCUGCCAGCCUGCAUGCCACACUCCUUCCUCCAAGGUCUGAGUAUGGGACCCAGUGCCAGGGGCUAGAGUAUGGGGAGUCGGCCAACUGGAGGCCUCCCUCCAGAGAAAAGGAAGGAACAGGGUGGGCCGAGAGACGAGUGAAGGUUGGCCUAAAUCUGGGUCAGAAACUUAGAGGAUGUCCCUCCUCUCCUGGGAGUUUUAGUUUCUUGUCAAAAUAGAUAGGAAAUUGUCCCUCUGUCUCCUUCCUUGGCCCUUUAAGUGGGCUGAAGCCCUUGGAAAGUGACAUAGGAAGUCGUCGCAUCUUGUCCUUCCUUGCUGCAGAGGCUAGUGGGUCACAGGCAGCUGAGAGGUGGCAGCUGCAAGGGGUUCCCUCUGGGAGAAGCAGCUUCGCCCCAGCCUCAGGACCCUGGGCCAUGCUGCCGUGGCAGUGGGGGUGGGGAGGAAGCUGGCUAGAGGAGGGGACUCCUACCUGCCUUUUAUUUAAGCCAGUAUUCUUUGUUCCUGCUUGUAAUAAAAUUUUUGUUUUUAAGAAUUGA